CGCACAAUUAUUCAACAAGCCACUACGACACUACGUGUCUAAGCUAAUUACCUAGCUAUAUGUACUCGUUCGUUUGAACAAAGGCCAGACGGAGUCGCCGCCGCCCAACACAACGGCUCACCGGAGAAUAAUCUUUGACCAUGCGGCCAUUACAAUGGGAGGGGCUUCUGCAUCAUGGAACUAAUUACUAUCCCAGCCUCCCUCUCGACGUCGUCAGAGAAGAAGCACAUGGGGAGAACGCUGGUGCCACCCCUGCGUAUCCUGCGUCGUCCCGUACCAGAUAUCUCAAUCGUACCUGCGUCGUCGCCGUACCGGGGAGCUGAACUGUUCUGUCUCCUAACGUCACACCGGAGAAGGACCCGCCAGAAAAGGAGAAGCUUGCCAGUAAGUCAAGCCGGAGGAAACUGGGUUGUUUUCGAUGGACCAAGUCGGUGACGUCAACCUACCGCCGCCCUAGUCCGCCGGUACCUGCGCCGGGAGUGGUGGAGGCGUGGAGUUCGCCGUCUUCGUCGCAGCUAGGACCGUACCCCUCUUCCCGUUGAAAGAAAACGGUGAAUGCAUAUGGUAUAUGUCCGUACUUCUGCUCUUUUACACGAGUACUAGUACGUAUGCGUUUUCACAUGGAUUCACACCUUUUAUUAAUGGGAAAAUGGUUGUAAAUGGGACUACAGAAGAUGGAAAGUGCAUACGUGGGACUGCUUUUGGUUUUAAACCUAAAUAGGACAGAAUUUCCGUUUUCUUCCUAUUUUACCCUUAAUGAAUUGUUCGCUCCAGCCAACUUCCACAAAACACUGUCUCUUCUCUUUAUCUUCAGUUUCGCAGAAGCUUCAACAGCAAAUUGCUGGAGAUCUGGACGACGUGAGACGAUGAAACAUGAUGAACAGGCCGACGGCGAUCUGAUCGGAAAAAACCGAUUUCGUCUAGGUGGAGGUCGGGUGUGCAGCGGCGGAGGAAGGAUUGGAGUGGCAGCAGCCAAAAUCUGUAGGGGCGGCUGAGGGCUGGCAGCGGCGGUCAGAUGUGGCUAGAUCUACGGUGGCGGCAUCCAGAUCUACGGCGGAUGUGGCCAGAUCUGCGGCGGACGCGGCCAAAUAUGCAGCGACGAUCAUUCUGCAGCAGCGGCCGUCAGCGGCGGCCGGCGGCCGGCGGAGGUCCGGCGAUCGUAGGCGGUCCGGCGUUGUGUCGGCAGUAUGUUUUGUUAAGUUUCAGGGCAUUUUUGUCCAACUCCAAAUAAUAACUCCUAUUUGGGAAAAUUUUAAAGUUUAGUCCUAUUUUAGCAAUUGAUGAUUUAUUUACUCCUAUUUAGGUAAAUAUCUCUUUAUUAAUCUAAUAAACAUGGGUUGUCUAGAUUAGUGGAAACUGUCUCUGAAUUGGUUAUUAUUUGGGCUGGUCAAGGAUACUUAAUAUUUGGGUGGAGAUAAUAAUACACCGUAAUAAUGAUAGUAAUGAAACCAAUUGAGUAGGAGAAAUUGGAGCAAAUGAAAAAUAUAUAAUAAAAUACUAAUUUUGAAAUUUUAAUAGUUAAAAGGAGAUUGCGGUGAAGACCGAAAUAAAAAGUUGAAUAAAAGUGCCACGAUUCGAGGUAAGUUUCUCUGCCGAUCCAAAAUUGUUUCCUCGUAUUAUAUGUUUAUUAUGCAUUUUGUGAUUAAGUGUGAAUUUUGAAUUAUGUGUAUGUGAUUUUGAGGAGAUAUUAGAUCUAUGGUAUUUGAGAAGUGCAAACGAAGUACUUUUGGGUAUUAAAUAUUUUUAAAUACCUUUGAGACUAUUUAGAGAGAUUGGGAAAUAAUUUUUGGAAGUAUAUUUAAAGUCAAGAUAAAAUUUACGUUUUCAUAAGAAGUGAGCACCCGGGAGAAAUCCGUGGUGUCGGUUUUCCACAUCCGGAUAAAUGUGGAGGGUGAUUAAGGCUGCUACUACUAAGAAGUACAAUUUGAGUUUGAAGUGACAUUUGGGUCUAUGAUCCCUUUUAAGAAGAAGUUAUAGUAGUAGUCCCUAAUCAUUCAAGAAUUUUAAAGGUGGGGUAGUUGGUAGACUGAGUCCCGAUUACUCGUGACGACUUACUACUCGGAGGGCUUGGAAUCCCUCUUAGGAGGUGUGCACACUUAAGGUAGUCGUUUCGUUUCCAUUAGCAGUUGUGGUACCGGCAAAAGUCCCGGAGUGGCCGUACAUAACAACGUAACCACCGGGCUCAACCAGAGUGUUGAGCACCGCCCUUCUAAAUUACUAGGAAGAUAGAGAAGAAGUGAAUUUUGAGAAAUUCUGAGAGAAGAGUUACUAUAGAAUUUUUUGAGGACUUUAUUAAAGAAGUGACUUUGAGAAAUAUCAAAGAGAAAAGAAUUUUGGUGGAGUGUGUCAUUUUUAUAUAGUAUUAUAUGAAAAACUAUUUUUAGUCAAACCUGAUUAUUUUACGGGGUUGGGUAGUACUUACUUAGCUCUAAAGCUAAUUUUUGUUUCCUUUUCUUUGUUUUGUUUUCUGCACUUUAUUUGUGCAGGUGAUGAUGCUUAUGUGGACUGAUGAUUGUAUGACCACGAGAGCGGUUUAGAGAUGCCUUAGUCAAACCUAGUCAAGAAUUAUAAUUUAAUUAUGUUGAACACUUGUUUUAUUCUGUUUUGUUUUGGGAUUGCCUGUGCAUUCGGUUAAGAGAUGACCGGAUGUGGCGGUAACACCCAUUUCCCAAUUAAUGUUAUUUCCGCUGCAGAACUUUUUACCUAUUUUGAAUGAAUAAAUAAAGUUUAUUAUCAACAAAUCUAUUAUUUCAAGUAUUAUUUUGGGAGGGAAAAUGGGGGUGUUAC